AGAAAAAUGGCUGAAGAUGUUGUUGUUUUUGAGAAAAAGGACCUCCCAAAUGUCGCUUUUCCUGCCAUGGAGGCCAUCCGACGGCAAGGAAAAUUGUGUGACGUGACGUUAAAGGUCGAUGAUCAAAAGUUCACAGCGCAUCGAAUAGUUCUCGCCGCCAGCAUUCCUUACUUCCAUGCCAUGUUCACCCAUGAUAUGGCCGAAUCGAAACAAGAUGAGAUCGCAAUGCAGGGAAUUGAACCAUGCGCACUGGAAGCUCUGGUCAACUUUGCUUACAACGGGAGAGUCCAGAUGGAUGCGUCGAAUGUCCAGUCCUUACUGGUCGGUGCUAGCUUCCUCCAUCUCCAGACAGUCAAAGAUGCCUGCUGUAACUUCCUUAAUGAAAGGCUACAUCCAUCGAAUGUGAUCGGGGUUCGUGCGUUCGCCGAGCAGUUCAUGUGUUCCUCCGUAGUCGACGCGGCAAACCGUUACAUCCAGAAAUACUUCAUGGAGGUUUCCAAAUCCGAGGAAUUCCUGGCACUCGCUAAGGUAGACGUCAUCGAUAUCGUCUCGAGGGAUGAGUUGUAUGUAACUAGUGAGGAGCAGGUAUUCGAAGCAGUGGUUGCCUGGAUCAAGAAGGACUUACACUGCCGCCGCCAAGAUAUGCCAGAACUUCUUACCAAAGUGAGAUUGCCACUCUUGACUCCACAGUUUUUGUCGGACCGGGUAGCUACGGAGGAAUUGGUUAAAAAUUCACUCAAAUGCAGAGAUUUAUUAGAUGAAGCUAAAGAUUACCAUUUGAUGCCAGAGCGUAGAACACAGUUGCAAACCUUUCGAACAAGGCCUCGAUGCUGUACUGAUAUUGUGGGUAUCAUCUUUGCUGUCGGAGGACUCACGUCUUCGGGUGAUUCCCUGAGCACUGUCGAGUCUUAUGAUCCACUUGCGAUCCAGUGGAAUCCUGCAGAACCUAUGACUACUUUACGCAGCAGAGUUGGAGUGACAGUCUUACAUGGUGAGCUGUACGCGAUUGGAGGUUACGAUGGCCAUCAUCGACUCGAUACAGUCGAGGUGUUUAAUCCCGUGGCGCGAUCCUGGAGACUCGUGUCUCCAAUGACUUGUAAACGAAGUGCCCUCGGAGCUGCAGCCCUGGACGGAAGGCUGUACGUGUGUGGAGGAUACGACGGCAUCAUGUCUCUCAACUCGGUCGAAUGUUACGACCCAGAAGCUGACCAAUGGGUGAUGGUCUCGCGGAUGACGAAACACCGAAGCGCCGCUGGCGUGACUGUUUUUGAUGGACAGAUAUACGCGCUAGGUGGACACGAUGGACUCUCUAUAUUUGAUUCGGUUGAAUGCUACAACAAUCUCACGGGGCGGUGGACGCAGGUAGCUUCAAUGUUGACCAAAAGGUGUCGCCUUGGUGUCGCAUCGCUCGACGGGAAACUCUACGCAGCGGGAGGAUACGAUGGGUCUGGUUUCUUAAAGUCUGUCGAAUGUUUUGACCCCGUCACUAAUCAAUGGACGUACGUCUCGCCGAUGAACGUUAAACGUAGCCGCGUUGCCUUGGUGGGUAACUGCGGAAAGUUAUACGCGAUCGGCGGUUAUGAUGGCGUGUCAAAUCUGAACUCGGUCGAGAUGUACGACCCGGAGAAGAACACGUGGGUUUUUAUUGCUGCCAUGUGUGCACACGAGGGGGGCGUUGGGGCAGGCGUUGUGCCUUUGUUUCACAAUCAGCACCUGAAUGAUCCCUGAUCGAGCUUUUAGGAGAGAUCUUUGUCGGCUGGAAUGGAUAUGUUCGGGACAGUUUGUGGAACUUCUAGCUCGAGUGGUGAUGACCAGUCUUCUCAAAUGUAUUCCGGAGCCACUUUUGACGAGGGAAUCUCUCUUAGUCGACAUCUCUUGGAUAUGCCUACAUGCAGCUUCAAGGGGCCAAGUCAUCUGUGAUACGUCCGAUGGGAAAGCUGCAGUUUGCAUUCGCUGGGAGGAGUGUGAAUGUCGCUACGAUUUCAAGACAAGUGUCAACGCGUGCGUUCGAAAAAACUUGGAAUGUCGUAUUAAAAAAUGGCAACAGCAUCACUUGAAUCAUUUGAUUGAUAUUGUUUGUAAACAAGCGAAUGGGAGUGCAACAUCAUCGUAGAUCACAUGUUCGUUGCUGUGCUGGACAUGUUGUAAUGAACUUGUAAUGAGAGACUUUUGUGUCGCUGUUGGUAACAAUUGUUGGUGGUCAAAGAGUAUAAACUCUCACAGCAUUUUUUAGCACUUCAGUGCCCUUGUUUCCGACCCCCCCUGGAAAAAAAUCAAUCAGAGAUAGCUCGAUAAGGUUAUUUGCAAUAGCUUGCCCAGGUCCAGAGCUUACUGAAUCAAUAGAGAAAGGAUUACUAUGCCCCUUCGCUGUAUUUUAUUUUUCUGACUGAGAAGUGACCAAAAACAACGCACCUCAAUGUUCAUGAUAUUUUGAAUGCUUUUGGCAAUGUUUUGAUUUGAAACAUGACUUUUAUGUCAUGGUAAACUUAAGCUGCCUGUGAAAAGAUGGCCAAAACUUAUUUUCACAUAUGGUCAAUUGCCAAAAUACAUACUACAUGUAAAUAUAAAUUUCAACAUUGCCAUAGUGUAGACGAUGAACACUCUGAAUAACAAGUUUAAACAAAUUUGUAUUUUUAGUUCUGCAGAUUCCUCAUUUCAAUCAAAUGUUUGUGGGGCAUUCAAAGGCUUACGCCGUUCGUCAAAAUCUUUGAAUUCGUAAUUGAAUUUGAAAUGUCCAAUUGCGGAAAUAUGUACAUAUAGAUAUAAAUGUCAACAUUGCCGUUGGGUAGACGUUGAACACUCUGAAUACCAAGUUUAAACAAAUUUGUAUUUUUAGUUCUGCAGAUUCCUCAUUUCAAUCAAAUGUUUGUGGGGCAUUCAAAGGCUUACGCCAUUCGUCAAAAUCUUUGAAUUCGUAAUUGAAUUUGAAAUGUCCAAUUGCGGAAAUAUGUAUAUAGAUAUAAAUUUCAACAUUGCCGUUGUGUAGACUGACAUAGAAAACUAUGAACACCAAGUUAUUAUUAUUUUUUAUUAUUAAAACAAUUUAUAUAGCGCCUUUAGUAAAACACUUCAAGGCACUUUACAAAAAAAAAAGAAAAAAAGUUAACAUAUUUUUAUUCAUAAUAACUUCACUACGGUAUAGUGGAUUUCUACUUAACUGGACCACAAGUAAUUACGAACGGCCUAGGCCUGUAAAGGAGUGUAACAUUGAAAAUGGGGCCUAAUUGGCUUCACUUAGCCUACAAUGUAAAUGCAGUUCAUGCAUUUUAUUAAAUUUAUGAUAUUUAUGUUCCAUGGUUAGAAACAGUUUAUAGUUUAAAGUCAAUAAAGUAUCGGUGUGCUACCGUGUACAAUUUACAA